UCAAUUAUAAAAAAUCUAUUGUUUUGUUAUUUCGCUAACAUGGUAUCGUAAAAAGUAAGAAAUGGGUAUUAAAGGCUUGUGGACAGUUUUUGCCCCAUAUUGCGAGAAAAAAUCCUUGCACGAAAUCCAGGGUGAAACUGUUGCAGUCGAUUUAUCAGGAUGGAUAUGCGACAGUCAAAAUGUCACUGAUUACUAUAUACAACCAAAGCUCUACCUAAGAAAUUUAUUUUUUAGAACCGUGUAUCUCCUUUUAGCUGAUAUUAAACCAAUAUUUGUACUAGAAGGAGAUGCUCCUGAACUUAAAAGAGAUGUAAUGGCUGCUCGAAAUGCUGUACAGUUCCGAGGAGCUCCGUCUCAAUCUAGUAAAACAUCCGACAAGCCUGAUGUAGCUAGACGAAGGUUUAGAGGUGUCCUAAAAGAGUGUGAGUCUCUUUUGAAAAGUAUGGGAGUAACAUGCAUAAAAGGGAGUGGUGAAGCAGAAGCUACUUGCGCACAAUUGAAUGCUCAAGGUGUUGUACAUGCAGUGGUGUCACAAGAUUCAGAUUGCUUUGCUUAUGGUGCUUGUCGUGUGUAUAGAAACUUUAGUGUAUCUAACUCAGCUGGAGGUGGUGCUAUGCAGGGUUCUGUUGACUGCUAUGAUGCUGAUAUUAUGUUCAAAAGCAAUGGGUUUGGUCGCAAUAAAAUGAUAGCUCUAGCACUACUAUGCGGUUGUGAUUAUGGCGUUGGUGCUUGUGGCUCAUCUAUAAACACUGUUGUAUCUUUUUUACAUACAGUACCUGAUGAUAAAAUUAUACAUAGGCUGAUAUCAUGGGUGAGUGACACCAAAGAGUACGAGGAGCGUUGUCGUUGGGCAUCGCUGCCGGGUCGUUGUGACCGCUGCGGGCAUGCGGGUCGAUUGCACGCAAAAAAGGGCUGCCCUGUAUGCGCUACUGGCCGCGGAUGUGAUGAUAAGGGACACAAAGCAAAGGUUGCAGAGGUGAAGCGAGAAUUAUCUUUACGUACCAGAGCCCUUUCAUGUGGUAUGCCAUUUCCAGAACCGAAAGUUAUGAAGGAGUUUUUAAAUGCAACCAACAAUCAUAACAAUCAAAACGACUUAACAACUCCUGUGCCUAGUUUGAUACAAUUUGUGAAAUUAAUGUGUAGUAAAUUGGACUGGACUGAAAGGUACUGCGUGGAGAAAUUCUUGCCAAUACUUACGAAAUGGCAUCUUCAAGAUACAGUUAUUUGUAGAAAAAUUAAACCGAAAGAGAUUAAGAAAAAGAGAAAUCCUAAAGGAGUACCAAGUUAUGAAGUAGUAUGGGAUGAUAUAAAUGGAGAGUUUGAAGGACUUAUUCCUGAUGAUCAAUUUGAGGAUGAUGAAGAACCAACAAAAGUAUGGACCUCAAUUGAAAGACAAGACUUAAUGCGUAAAUAUUAUCCUGAUUUAGUAGAAAUAUACGAGGAGUCAAUUAAAAAGCCGGUUAAAGUUAAGAAAACAAGGCAGAAG